UCCACCACACCCCUUUUAAAAGUGUAGCUGCUCUUAGAAGCUUCUCUCUACCAUCUCAAGAAAUUGGAAACAAAAACCACAAGAAGAUGAAUUGUAGAAAAAGAAGAAGAAAAACAACAACACAAUGAGAGCUCAUCCCAUUUACAACUUUUUAUUAGUACUAAUUGUUAUCACUGCAUCUUCUAUUACAGCAGCAGCAGAACACACACAAAUUCAACAUCUCAUUGACAUUAAUCCCUUAACCAGAAGAAUUCUUCAUCAACCCCUCUUUCCAUCUACUUCAUCAUCCCCACCCCCACCACCACAAAUCAAUUCUGAACCCAUUUUCCCUACCCCAGAUCACCCUUUUUUCCCAGAAGUCCCAACUGUACAAACCCCAGAUCAACCCCAACAACAAAUUCAACCAAAUGGGACACCAAUUUCAAGAAACAACUCAAUUGCUCCUCAACCAACAAACCCAACCAAGAAAUUUGCAAUUGCAGUUUCUGUUGGAAUUGUUACUCUUGGAAUGUUAUCUGCUUUGGGAUUCUACAUCUACAAACACAAAACAAAACACCCAGAUGAAACCCAAAAACUUGUUAGUAACCACAACACCAAUAGUUUUCAAGAAGAAUCAAGAAUGCCACCUUCUAAUUUUCUUUACAUUGGUACUGUUGAACCAUCAUCAUCAGCCACAGCAGCAGCAGCAGCCUCACAAACCCAAAUUAAUCACUCCAUUGUUGCUAAUAAUACUUCCCCUUACAGGAAAUUGAGUCCUGCUAAGAAAUCAGAUAGGUAUAGACCAAGUCCAGAACUCCAACCACUUCCCUCAUUGAGAAAUAAUCCUACAUUUUUCACUCCUCCUGCCAUAAUAAAUUCAUCUGAUGACGAUGAAACCAAAAUUUACAAACCAUAUAAUAUUAGUAGUAGUAGUACUGGCAUAAUGACAAGAUCAAAUAACUCGAUUCCUCAUUCAAAGAGAACAUCCCCUAGAUUGUCUCUUUCGUGUUCAUCUCCUGAUAUAAAACGCGCGAUAAUUGUACCAUCAGUUAAGCAAACUUCACCACCAUCUCCUCCACCACCAUCACAAGAAGUUACAUUGCAGCAGCAUAAGAAGCCAACACUAACUUAUGUACCACAAAGAGUGAAAUUCUCACAACCACCUCCUCCACCAGAUAUGUCCAGGCUCAAAUCACCAAACAACCAAUUACAAGAGACAUCAAAACCUUCAGCUCCUCCUCCUCCUCCUCCGCCACCUCCACCUCCACUAUCAACCUCUCGAGUCCUCGGAGGCAAAGUUGCCUCAAGGGUCACCAAUUCUAUUGAGCCGCCACGAUCACAAAGAAGUUCUUUAUCUGUAAAGCCUCAAUCAAGUAGUCCCACACCAAGAUCAGGUUAUGUUGUGAGUGAGAAGAGAAGUCAUUUGGAAGAACAAAGAGGAGAAGCCAUACAUGAUACCGACACUAGGGAUGAAUCAAAGCCCAGGUUGAAGCCUUUACAUUGGGACAAAGUACGAGCGACUUCUGAGAGAGCAACAGUGUGGGAUCAAUUGAAAUCGAGCUCUUUCCAAUUAAAUGAAAACAUGAUGGAGUCACUCUUUGGAUGUAAUUCUGUAAAUUCAGUACCAAAUGAAGUCGCUAAGAAAUCAGUCCGUCCUACGGUUGAGAAGGAGAACAGAGUUCUUGACCCGAAAAAAUCACAGAACAUUGCCAUAAUGUUGAGAGCAUUGAAUGUAACAAAGGAUGAAGUCUCUGAAUCCCUUUUAGAUGGAAGUGCAGAAGGAUUGGGGCCUGAACUUCUCGAGAGUUUGGUCAAGAUGGCUCCAACAAAGGAAGAAGAGAUAAAACUAAGAGAUUACAAUGGGGACACUUCAAAAUUAGGAUCGGCAGAGCGAUUCCUCAAGGCUAUUCUUGAUAUUCCAUUUGCCUUCAAAAGAGUAGAAGCCAUGCUGUAUAGAGCAAAUUUUGAUGCUGAAGUAAAGGAUUUGAGGAAGUCUUUCCAGACACUUGAGGAAGCAAGUCAAGAACUGAAGAACAGCAGACUAUUCUUCAAACUCCUUGAAGCUGUUCUGAGAGCAGGAAACCGCAUGAAUGUUGGCACUAACCGCGGUGAUGCAAGAGCUUUCAAACUCGAAACUCUUUUGAAAUUAAUAGAUAUAAAGGGAACAGAUGGAAAGACAACCUUGCUUCACUUUGUGGUUCAGGAGAUUAUCAGAUCAGAAGGUCUGAGUUCGGACGAUAAUAAUUUAUCAAAUAUCAAAUUCAAAGAGGAAGAAUUCAAGAAGCAAGGGUUGCAGGUAGUUGGCGGAUUAAGCAGAGAACUUUGCAAUGUCAAAAAAGCAGCAGGAAUGGACUCAGAUGUCCUAAGUGGCUACGUAUCAAAGCUUGAGGCAGGACUUGUUAAAGUUAGGUCGGUUUUGCAGUACGAAAAGACAUGCAUGGAAGGGAACUUCUUUGAGUCAAUGAAAGUAUUUCUAAAGGAGGCAGAAGAUGGUAUUGUGAGGAUCAAGGCGGAAGAGAGAAAAGCUUUGUCGAUGGUCAAAGAGGUAACGGAAUAUUUCCAUGGCGAUGCUGCCAAAGAAGAAGCUCAUCCUCUCAGAAUAUUUCUGAUUGUAAGAGACUUCCUCUGCAUAUUGGAUAGCGUGUGCAAAGAUGUCGGAAUGAUGCAGGAUAGAACAAUGGUUGGUGCUGCCAGAUCAUUCAGAAUAGCUACAACUGCAUCAUUACCAGUCUUAAACAGAUACAACGCGAGACAAGAUAGGAGUUGGGAUGACGAUAGCUCAUCACCUUGAUGCUAGGAUCUCAAAGUUCGUUACAAUGUUGCAGGAGGACAGGCACAAGUUAGAUUAGCAUUAAAUCGUGCAGCUCAAUAACGAGGGAACAGUAAACGGAGUAUAUGCAUGUCAAACCAUGAAAGCACGUAAUAAGAAUAAGAGGCUGCAGCAUUCUGUCAAAAACAAAAUGAUCAUUUUAAGGUAAAAAGAUUAAAUUCCUUAUUUCUGUGUAGAGCUAGCUUAGAUAAGAAAGUUUUUAUAUUUAUUCAUCAUUUGUAUACAUAGUAAAGUUGAGAUUUUGAUAUUA